AUGAACCCGCAAUACAUGCAGCCACUCUACGGUGGCCCCCGGCCAUCUGACGGAUUGAAUUCGAAUGUCCCAAUGAAGCCCCCGAUGGGCCAGGGUGGUCCUGGCCCGGGUUACGCCCAAAAACCAGCCGGUCAAGGGAACUACUACUACCAGGGUGAGAACCAAUCUUUCCAAGGUCCGCCUCCUAAUGUCCAACCUGGACCACCCGGUCCACCUGGCCCAAACGGGCCCGCAGGAUUGACCAACCAGAUGUCCAAUAUGAGUCUCGCUACGAACUUUCCUGGUAACAACAUGAACGGCUUCACGGGUGACCAUGGAUCUGAUAAACCACCAGGACCACCUGGGCCACCUGGAUCAGCAUCAAGUCUUCCACAAAACGCUAAUUUUAAUCGUUACCCUGAAGGCCAAGGGCCCCCAGGACCUAAUCCUGGUAUGCAAAGUGGACCACCCGGACCACCUAGUAAUUAUCUCGGCCGGAAUGCAGGAUAUGGACAAGUUCCACAAAAUUCAUUUGGGUCACAAGUAUCUGGCCCACCUGGACCACAUGGCCCACCUGGACCACAUGGACCACCACAAGGUGGACCACCACCCAGCGGCCCACCACCAGGACAAAUGGCUCCAACAGGCCCACCCAAUGGCCCACCAGGUUUUCACGGCCCUCCUAGCCAAUUACCACCCACUGGCCCAGGGUUACCACCCACAGGCCCAUCUGGACACCCACCACCCGGCCCAGGACUACCACCCACAGGCCCAGGACAAAUGCCACCCGGCCCACACGGAGCCCAUCCCCCUAAACCAGGCCCAGGCUCGCUCCCAGGCCAAUCAGCUCCCCCAGCACUAAACUACCAGCAGAACCUAAACUACCAACCGCUCCCCGGACAACCCGGGCCCUUCCCCACCCAAGCCCAAGCCCCCCGCCAACCGUACCCCUACCAAGGCACCCAACAGCCCCAACACCCCUACCAAGACCCCUACGGUCGUCCCUACCCCCAGGGCGUGACGAUGCCCGGCGCGCCUUACCAAACCGGAACCCAGCCCGCACAAGCAAAGCGCCUGGACCCGGAGUGCAUGCCCUCUCCCAUCCCAGUGAUGCAAGAGGACCAGAAAUCCCGCGGCGGGACAUUUAUCACCAACCAAAAAGGCUUAGCCCCGCCCUUCGUGACCACAAAAUUCAUCGUCCAGGACCAAGGCAACGCCUCUCCAAGAUUCAUCCGUUCCACCAUCUACACCGUCCCCACCACCACGGACAUGAUGAAGCAAACCGGAGUGCCCUUCGGCCUCAUCCUCAGCCCCAUGGCGGAAAUUGCCGAAGGCGAACAGGAACCUCCCAUCAUCGACAUGGGAGAAAUCGGACCAAUCCGCUGCACCCGGUGCAAGGCCUACAUGUCCCCCUUCAUGCAAUUCAUCGACGCCGGACGUCGGUUCCAGUGUAGCUUUUGCAAAGCUAUCACCGACGUCCCCCAGGAGUACUUCCAGCACCUGGACCACACCGGUCAGCGAAUGGACCGGUUCGAGCGCCCGGAACUCAUGCUCGGAACCUACGAGUUCCUCGCUACUAAAGAAUACUGCCGGAACACAACCUUCCCGACUCCCCCCGCCAUGAUCUUCGUCAUAGACGUUUCUUAUAAUAAUAUCAAGUCCGGGAUGGUCCACCUGCUCUGCAAUUCCAUGAAGGAGAUAAUCUCCCACCUCCCAAGAGAUUCCUUCGAACAGAAGACGCGCAUGCGCGUAGGCUUCAUAACUUACUCCAGUUCCGUGCAUUUCUACAAUGUAAGCCCUAAUUUAACCCAGCCCCAGAUGAUGGUCGUUGGAGACGUCCAAGAUGUCUUCAUGCCCCUGCUAGACGGGUUCCUAGUCGACCCCGAGGAAUCUUCAGCAGUAAUAGACGCGCUCAUGCUCCAAAUCCCCGCCAUGUUUGCUGACACUCGCGAAACCGAGACUAUCCUCGCUCCGGCGAUUCAAGCCGGGUUGGAAGCGCUGAAGGCUUCCAAGUGCGCUGGUAAACUCCUGGUGUUCCACUCCAGCCUCCCGAACGCUGAAGCUCCAGGGAAGCUCAAGAACCGCGACGACCGCAAGGUUCUAGGAACCGACAAGGAAAAAACUGUUCUAAGUCCCCAGAACACAGUUUAUAAUAUGUUAGGCCAGGAGUGCGUCGGUUCCGGGUGUUCCGUUGAUUUGUUCGUCUUUAAUAAUUCCUACGUCGACCUGGCGACCAUCGGCCAGGUCUGCAGACUCACUGGAGGGGAAAUCUUUAAGUACACUUACUUCCAGGCGGAUAUUGACGGAGAAAGGCUGGUUCAGGAUGUGAUUAAUGACAUCUCCAGGCCGAUUGCCUUCGACGCGGUGAUGAGGGUCAGGACUAGCACCGGAGUCAGACCCACGGAUUUCUUCGGGCACUUUUUUAUGUCCAAUACAACUGAUAUGGAACUCGCGAGCAUUGACUGCAACAAGGCUAUUGCCGUUGAGGUUAAGCAUGAUGAUAAGCUCACUGAGGAGGAGGGCGUUUAUGUCCAGGUGGCGCUGCUAUACACUUCUGUAGGGGGCGUAAGGAGGCUCAGGGUUAUCAAUCUUAGUUUGAGGACUUCCUCACAGAUGACGGAACUGUACAGGACCUGCGAUCCUGAUGCUAUGGUGAACUUCUUUGCUAAACAGAGUGUCGUUAAGAUUUUAGAGCACUCUCCCAAGGCGGUCAAGGACCAGUUGGUGUCCAGGUGUGCGACUAUUCUUGCGGCUUAUAGGAAACACUGUGCUAGUCCGUUUAGUGCCAGUCAACUGGUACUGCCGGAGUGCAUGAAGCUACUACCGCUUUAUGUUAAUUGCUUGUUGAAGAGCGAUGCGUUGUCUGGAGGAGCUGAUAUGACCAUUGAUGACAGGUCUUAUGUGAUGCAAGCUGUCGUGACGAUGCCGCUGUAUAGUUCUGUAAUAUACUUCUAUCCCAGGUUACUGCCGCUUCAUGAUGUUGAUGUUCAGGCGACGGAACUGCCACAGCAAGUCAGGUGUUCUUUUGAUAAGUUCACUGAUGAUGGAGCGUUUUUGUUAGAAAAUGGAAUUCACAUGUUCAUGUGGUUCGGUUUGUCAUUAUCAACGGAAUGGAUCCAAGCUGUCUUUGGCAGCACGGUAGUCGACACCGAUCGUACCUCGAUACCAAUAUUAGACAACCCAUUAAACAAGCGUAUUAGAGAUAUCGUGAGUCGCGUCCGCGCGGAAAGAUAUCACUGUAUGAGGUUAACAUUCGUGCGACAGAGGGACAAAUUAGAAAUGGUGUUACGUCAUUUCUUAGUUGAAGAUCGUACCAGCGACAGCAGCCCAAGUUACGUCGAUUUUCUUUGUCAUAUGCACAAGGAAAUAAAAUCUCUAUUAAAUCAAUCAUAA